GCCUUGUCUCUUGUUAGCUGACGUGUGUUUUCGCUAGUGGUACAACAAAACAAUGAACUGUGAGAUGCAAUUCGUCUGCUACUGAUAAAAGCACUCGCACAAUAAUGUCCCGGGUUACGUGCGGCUAUCGACACAACACCUGACUAAUACCUGUUCCGUCUGAUCACGGUGAACGAGCAAAGCGGAAAGAUGCAGAGACGGGCGACGGUGUUUUUUAUUCUCGGGCUCGCAUCCCUGACCCACGGAGUGUUCCCGAACGUUGGAAAGCGAGCAUUCGACAGCGAACAAAAAGACCAGUGUUUUUGCAAGUUGGAUGGUCAAAUUGACGACUGUCUUUGCAACGUCGACGCAGUUGACAUUUUCAAUAACAACCAGCUGUAUCCUCGUCUGAACAGCCUCUUGCAGCGUGAUUACUUUAAAUUUUUCAAAGUUGAUUUAUCCACGGAGUGUCCGCACUGGACUGAUGACAGUCGGUGUGCCAUCAGGUACUGCCACGUGGAAAAAUGCGAAGAGGCAGAUAUUCCUCCUGGCUUAAAAGGUGCCUCUGAAAAUCAGAGCAACAGAAAUAAGUACUCUGAUCAAGCGCAAAGCCCACCUGAGAGCUGUGAUACCGAUAAAGAAUUAGGAUAUCUGAACACCACUAUCAGUGAUGCCGCGCAUGCAGGCUUCAUUGAGUGGGAGCAGCAUGAUGACGCGACGGACAACUUCUGCGACGAGAGCAGCUACCUGAGUCCAAACGCUACCUACGUUGACCUGAGCCUCAACCCGGAGCGCUACACUGGUUACAAGGGUGAGAGUGCGCACAGAAUUUGGAACGCAAUCUACAAAGAGAACUGCUUCAGACCAAAGGCCACCACUUUCACUUCCUACAUCGAAAAUUCCAAACUGAACGACAUGUGCUUGGAGAAGAGGAGCUUCUACAGGGUUCUUUCAGGCCUUCACUCCAGCAUCAACAUCCACCUCAGUGCGAGAUACCUGCUCUCAGAUAAAUCGUCUCUAGGUAUGCCAUCGCCAAGCGGGACUUGGGGACCUAAUCUGGAUGAAUUUUACCGAAGAUUCAGCCCAGAACACACUGACGGUGAGGGGCCGAACUGGCUGCAGAACUUGUACUUUGUCUACUUGCUGGAAAUGCGGGCCAUUGCAAAGGCGGCGCCGUAUUUGCAGCGAGAGCCUUACUUCACUGGCGAUUCUGAGGAAGACAAAAUGGUGGCCAAAGCUGUUGAAGAUAUAUUGAAAACCAUUAAGAGUUUUCCACACCACUUUAAUGAAAGCACCAUGUUCAACGGUGGAAAGCAAGCCGCCAAGUUGUUGAGCGAGUUCAAGCAGCAUUUUAGGAACAUUUCUAAGAUCAUGGACUGCGUUGGUUGUGACAAGUGCAAACUUUGGGGCAAGCUUCAGACUCAAGGCUUGGGAACAGCGCUCAAGAUUUUGUUUUCCGGCCGCUUCAACCAAAUAAUUAAAAAUAUGGACAUCAGUAAUGCUAGCAGGACAGAGUUCCAGCUGCACAGGAUGGAAAUUGUUUCGCUUUUCAACGCAUUUGGCCGCUUGUCAACUAGCAUUUAUGAGCUGGAGAACUUCAGAAAUAUGAUGAGAUGAGACUCUGACGGGGCGUAAACCAGAGGUGGGUGGUAACUAAAAUUGUAUACAAUUCGUGAAUUACGCCCCAGUCUCGUGAUCUAAUUGGCUUUGUCGACUGAGAUAGGCUGGCUCUUAAAAUUCCUAAAUAGACCAUUUUUUCCAUUUAACUAUAGUCAGAAUGCGCUCACUCCAAGAUAAUGCAUUAAUUGAUUAAUAUAACACCUGUUUACACUUCCUGAGAUACUCUUAACCUGUUUUUUUCAAUUUCCAUUAAAUUGUCGCUUAGUCAGAGAUAAGAGUACCAACUGAAACAUCACAAAUUUAAUUGUACAUAUAUUUGUAUUGUGUAUACAAUAACUUAUUUUCAAUUUAUGGUUUUUGUUCAAUAAAAAUGAUCGUUCAAACUGAAA